GAAAAAGUAGAAGUUGAAGUAGAAGAAUAUUGAACAUUAAAGAGUGCAUCAUGCCAAAAAGCCCAGCCUCCUCUUCAGCAAUGGAUGACACAGAUGAUGAUAAGGAGAGGGAGAUUUAUAAGGUGAAAAAACACGACAUUCUACACAGCAUCACAAAUCGCUACAUCGUGUCGGGCUUCGCUGGUGAAGGAUGCUUUGGCAAAGUCGUCAAGUGUUUGAAUCUGUUGACAUCACAGAACGUGGCCCUCAAGAUUCUUAAGCCUAAGCCUUACGUUCAAAAAAGAGAGAUCAAAAUGCUUGAAGUAUUAAGCGUUCUUGACCCAGUCAAGAAGAACGUGGUUCAAUUUUUCGAAAUGUUUGAGCACAAAGGACACAUCUGUCUGGCUUUUGAAAUGCUAGACAGAAGUCUCUUACAGCUGAUCAAGGACAGAACCUUUAAGUCACUGUCUCCCAGUGAAAUACGGCCAAUUGCACAGCAGUUGCUAACGGCCUUUGAUGCCCUGAAAGGCAUUGGCGUCAUUCAUGCGGAUUUGAAGCCAGAUAAUAUCAUGCUUGUAAACCAGCAGGAGCAACCCUUCAGAGUGAAGUUGAUCGAUUUUGGAUUGGCAUUCAGUACCUCAGAAGAGGAACAGAGAGAGAAAAUUCAGCCUCUGGGUUACAGAUCACCUGAAGCCACGCUGGGUCUCCCCAUCUCCGAGGCAAUUGACAUGUGGGGUCUUGGCUGUGUGCUCGCCUUCUUGUACCUCUGCAACCACCUGUUUUCAGCACGCAGCGAGUAUCGGAUGAUCAGAGACAUUGCUAGAAUAGUCGGCCAGCCAGCUGACCACCUCCUCCGUGCUGGAACCAACACUCACAGAUUCUUCAAGAUGAUCGAGCAGUCGGACAACCCAACAUGGAGGCUGAAGACCCCAGGAGACCACCAGCUUGACACUGGCCUCGCGCCUAGAAGAUACAGGCGGUCUGUCAAAAGCCUGGAUGACCUGAUACAGUUGUACCCUGAUGGAGGGGAAUCUAUUGAGCUGGAGGACAAAAGAACAUUUGUGAAGCUCCUCAAGUGUCUCCUCGAUACAGAUCCCAAAAAGAGGAUCACUCCUAAGGAGGCUCUCAAGCACCCCUUUAUCACAAUGGCCCACCUGGAGGCUGAGAGGGUCACCAGCUUUUAUGCGGACAGGUCCUUUUACAAAAUGCUGGUCUGUCCAGUGGAUAGCUCAGGAGAGGAACUUUCUCCUGAUGGUGAGGCUGAUGCAGAGCCUUCAGUCAAACCUGGCUGCUUCGGGUGUUGAAAAUUCAAGAAGCUCAAACUUUAGUCAUGCUGUGUGUAGACAUGAUGAGAACAAUAAAAGUCUCAC